AUGUCGUUUACUAGAAGAAGUGCUCGCAUUACCAAUGAGAAUGAAAUACCUCUAGAUCUACCUACUUCUCGUCCUGGAAAGCGUCUGCUUUCAAGAGAUGCUCACGACUCUGAAAACGCUGAAAAGCGUCCGAGGUACACGAAAUCCCACAACAACACGACCACUGGAGGUCCUCGACGAGCUGUUUUAAGUGAUGUAACCAAUCGACGAGCUGCUUUAGGUGAUGUAACCAACAGGAUCAAUAUUAAGAAGGAUACUAUGAGCACCAUGAGCUCAAACAUUUUCAAUGCUGGAGUACUGGCCAAGAAGAAGGUGAUUGCAAGCAAACGAAACCUCAACAACGUUAACGCAAGCAGUCGCAGUCUCAACAACACCAACGCCAACAAGAGAAACUUUAGCAACGUGACUCUCAGCAGCCGUCAUACCACUGCCUCGACUAGUAGUACGGCGAUGCUUAGUAGCCACAUCUCGUCGUCUAUCAUUAGUAGAAUGAGAUGUCCUCUUCCACCCACGACACCUGUCGACAGUACGUGUGGAUCCAUGAAACUAAGAGGCAAAAUUUCACCAAUGGUGGAUGUUAGUUCACCAAUUACGGAAGAAAAUGAUCACGAUAUAGAUUCGGACGAUAGGAAUGAUCCGACUACGUGCUGGCAAUACGCUGAGGACAUUACAAAGUAUCACCUGGAGGCGGAGAAGAAGAGCAUGCCCAGCAGCUCGUAUAUGACCCGCCAAUCGGACAUUAACUCGAAGAUGCGCUCUAUCCUCGUGGAUUGGCUGGUCGACGUCCACUACAAGUAUGGCUUGCUACCGCAAACUUUACACAUUGCUGUUCUUCUUAUUGACCACUACUUGGAGAAGAACCUGACGAUCGAGCGUCAGCGUCUUCAACUUGUUGGCAUUUCGGCGAUGUUUAUUGCCGCAAAAUACGAAGAGAUCUAUCCCCCGGAAGCUGCAGACUUUGUUAAAAUUACAGACAGCGCCUAUACGCGUGAAGAAGUUUUCCAGAUGGAAUCGAAAAUGCUGGCAACACUUGGCUACCGAGUGACAUUCCCGACUGCUUUCCAAUUUAUGAAGCGGUUUCUCAAGGCAUCGCGUACAUGUGAUGACCGCGUGGAGCACUUCGCCCACUACGCAAUUGAUCGUAGCCUGCAGGAGUAUAAGCUGACAAAGUACUUACCUUCGACGAUCGCGGCGUCGGCAGUUCGUAUUGCUCGGACACAGAUGCGAGAUAUACCAGUCUGGUCGUCGACUCUAGAAUAUCAUACGUCGUAUAGUGAGCGCAGCUUGGAUCCUUGUGUGGAAGAUAUGACAGAAAUGCUGUGGAACACAUACAAGGGUGUAGGCAAGAUGGCCAAGCUCACUGCUGCACGGCGAAAAUUCAGCAAAGAACGCUUCAUGAGAGUGGCAGCUGAACCGCUUGAGCUUGGCAAAAGCACUAAAUGA